AUGAGUUAUCCAGGUGCGGCACCGCCGCCGGCCGGCGUCGUGGCAGAUGUCGACAACCCGCAGGAUGUGUUGAGGACAGUCACCUACGUCACGCAGGGUCUGACCGUUUUCUUUUCCACCCUUUUCAUCGCCGCACGUCUGUAUUCCAAGACCAAGGUCAUGGGCGGCAUUGUGAGCUGGGACGACUAUGCGACAUACUCUUCAUGGGUCCUCAUGAUCGGGUAUUGCAUCACCGCAUGUUUUAUGACAUACUAUGGUGCCGGCCUUAAUCAAUGGGACGUCCGAGUGGAAGACAUUCAGCCAUUCUUCAAGUCCGGCUACGCAGCAACGAUCUUCUACGCCCCCAUGGCCCUCACCGUCAAGCUCGCCCUGAUGCUCAUCAUCCUCCGCGUCUUCGGCUCCGUACACAAAAAGGUCAUGAUUGGCAUGUACGCCUUCAUCGGCAUGAUUGUCAUCUACUAUGGCCUCGGCAUUUUCAUCAAGAUAUUCGUCUGCUGGCCCAUCUCGGCCUACUGGCACGGCCACACGGAGAAGUGCCUCGACCAGAGCGCCAUCAUCACGGCCGACGCCAUCAUCAGCGUCCUCAGCGACCUCGUCAUCCUGCUGCUGCCUCUGCCGCUGACCUGGUCGCUGCAGUUGCCGCGGAAGAAGAGGCUCCGAGUGAUCGGCAUGCUGUGCGCCGGUGGCGUCGCCACAGGGUUCAGCGUGUACCGCCUCAUCCUCAUUCUCAAGGACGGCAAGUCUAGGAACCAGACCAUCGUCUUUACGAAGGUCGUUUUGUCGGGCAACGCCGAGGCUGGCAUCGGUCUUAUCUGCGCCUGUCUGCCGGCGAUCAACGCUCUGUGGACGCGUAAGAUCAAGAGCUCCUCUGCCUACGCUGGGUACGCUGCCCAUGACAGCCGCUCCGGCCUCGACGGGUCGCAGCACGGCGGCAUCAUGUUGACGCGGUCGGUGCACAUUCAUUCGUCCAAGAGCGCGAAGGAGACCACGGAUUAUGGGUUGGGCAACGACGAGGCGGGCUUGACGUCAAAUAUUCAGGCCAACCCCCACAGCAGCCGUGACAGCAACAGGUCAGAUUCGCUGAAAUAA